AUGCCUUCCGAUCUUCCCCCUUUGCGUCUCGUGAUGGCCUGCGACGAGGCGGGUGUACCCUACAAGGAUGCGAUCAAGGCUGUCUUGGAGAAGAGCCCCCUCGUCGAGUCCAUCACCGACGUGGGUGUCAACUCCACCUCGGAUAAAACCGCCUACCCUCACCCUGCCGUCCAAGGCGCCACGAUGAUCAGAGAGGGCAAGGCGGAUCGUGGUCUCUUCAUCUGCGGCACUGGUUUGGGAGUCGCCAUUGCAGCCAACAAAGUGCCGGGGAUUCGUGCCGUGACGGCUCACGAUCCGUUCUCGGUCGAGCGUUCCAUCCUCAGCAACGAUGCCCAAGUUCUGUGCAUGGGCCAGCGCGUGAUCGGAGUCGAACUGGCCAAGAAGCUGGCGGUGGACUGGCUCAACUACCGAUUCGAUCCCCAAAGUGCCUCCGCGGCCAAGGUGCAGGCCAUCACCGACUAUGAGAAGCAGUUCUCCGGGACUGCCUAA